AUGUGGAGUCGUUUACUGUCUCUGGGUGGGCUGCCAAUGUAUGUAGCUAGCCGUGGUUUGUACAACUUAAAGCCUCCGACAGUAUUUGUACCUCCAUGUAUUAAGAAGACGUGGAGAAGCUGUUGGGCUUUUUCAGGUGAAACUUAUGAACUGCGGAAUGACAUUGUUGUCCGACCAUUUCGAACUCAUCAUGUUAUACCAAGCCAGGUGGCCUUUACAGGGGAUACUACAGCAGAAUACAUGCUUGAUCCACGUCAUGCCGAUGCCGUGAGGGCCAAAGUUCUUAUAACUGAGGCAAGGUUCCUUGAUGACGGUUAUAGCAUCGAUCAUGCAAGACAACAUGGUCAUACUCAUUUACCCGGGAUCAUUGAACAUGCUCAGUGGAUCAGGAAUAAGGUUGUGAGAUAUAAUAUGAAGUUCAAUCACUUGGUUCAUAAUCAAUAUAAUCAUUAUGAAAAAUGA